AUGCCAGCCACGACCUCGAAGACAAAAACGGCGACAAAGCCAUACGACCGGCCUGCUGGGAAGAGCAAGGGCGCGGCACCGGCACAGCCCAAGCAGUCGAGCAGGAAGGGCAAGAAGGCGUGGCGCAAGAAUGUCGACAUUACUGCCGUCGAGGCUGGUCUUGAGGCUGCGCGCGCCGAGGAACGUCUCACUGGCGGAACCGUCGAAACACGCAGCAACGAUGCUCUCUUCACUAUCGACACGGAAGGUGAUGUGGCGAUGACGCAGCAGGUGCGGCGGAAGCGGGAGAAGAAGCCACUGCGUUCCCUCGCAGUCCUGCACGAGCGUAGCGCUGUCCCAUCGCUCACUUCCCGUGCCAAGGCCGCUGUGGCGCCAAAGAAGAUCUCGAGUACGGAGAAGAAGCGGCUGCGGCGUACGGCUCUCAAGGCCGAGGCGGAAGGCCACGGCACUGCAGCUUCGUCGAUGAAGGCAACCGACACGGCCAACCUGCACGAUCCGUGGGUUGCCGAAAAGGUUGCCGGUCUUCCAGGAGGUUGGGGUGAUGAGGGUGUGGUCAAGAUCAAGCCCAAGGCGCCCGAGACGCUCACGCGGCAGCGCGAGAUCCGCCGCGAAGUCGAUGCGACCCAGCUCGACGCCGAGCUCCCACGUGCUGGAGUCAGUUAUAACCCCAGUGCACCGGCGCACGCCGCGCUGCUCGAGGCGGCUAUCGCCGAGGAGAUGAGUCUCCUGGCCGCCGAGGAGCGGGUCGAGGCCGAAGUCGCAGCCCGCGGUGGAGUCGUUGAGGCCCGGCACGGGGUUGACGACUUUGGGGAGAACAUGGUUGGUGGAAUGCGGAUUGGGCGUGGGGAUGAAGAGGAUGAGGAUGAGGAGGAGGAAUCUUCCGACGAGGAAGAUGGAUACAAGCCCAAGCAGACGAAGCGGAAGACACAGGCGCAGCGCAACAAGGCUGCACGCGCAAAGGCACUCCUCGUGGCUGAGCGGGACGAGGCGAUCCGUCGUCGCAUGGAGAGGCACGUUGGCGCGGCCCGUUCCAUGUCGAAGAGCGUCGCCGCUAGGCAGCGCGAGGUGGAGGCGACCACGCAGCAGCGUCGUGCGGCGGCCAAGGCUCGUGAGCGUCUAGGAUACACGGGCGGCGAAAAGAUCGGCAAGCACCGCGUGCAGAAGGGUGCUGUGGCCGUCCAGCUCGGCGAGGACCUUGCUGAGAGCCUGCGCCAGGUCAAGCCUGAGGGCAACCUCUUCAAGGACCGGUUCCAGUCGCUGCAGCGCCGCGCACUUAUCGAGCCCCGCGUGCCUCAGCUCCCGAAGAAACGCAAGAUCAAGGUCAAGGAGUAUGAGAAGUUUGCGUGGAAGCGGUUCGAGUAG